GUGUCCCUCGGACACAGCGGAUCACCGAUCAACGGAAAGAGCCGAAGAUGUCAGCUCGGUCAUGUGAUCAGCUGUGUCCAAUCACAGCUGAUCACAUGGGACAUGUACACUGAUCAUCAGGGCACUGAUGAUCAGUGUGCCCUGAUGAUCAGUGUAGCCCCAGCAGUGCCACCUGUCAGUGUCCAUCAGUGCCAGCUUUCAGUGCUCAUCCAUGCCACCUGCCAGUGCCCACCAGUGCUACAUUUCAGUGCCCAUCAGUGCCAAAUCAAUGCCACAUAUCAGUGACCAUCUAAGCUGCCUUUCAGUGUCACCCAGUUAGUGCUAUCUAUCAAUGCCAGUCAGUGCCACCUAUCAGUGCUGCCAAUCAGUGCCACCUAUCAGUGCCAGUCAGUGCCGCCUAUCAGUGUGCAUCAGUGCCGCCUAUCAGUGCCCAUCAGUG